AUGGCUGAUAAGGUCUUUCGUGAUAUUCCUCAACUGGCUGUUGUACUCGAGGACAACGACUGCCACUCCGACAUUGAAGAAGGAUCUGGCGGAAAUAACCCUACAAACAAGAAGAUGUAUGCACGUUCGGCACGGAACCAUGCAAAGACGGUUGGCGGAGCUAUUGGGGUUUCACGGGAUUGGCCGAUAGAUUGCUAUGAUCAAGCUUUUUGGAAAGGUCUUAGUAAAUUCAAGCAGGACACUCUCUCAAAGACUCCGGCAAUCAAAAUCACAGAUAUUGCUGAAGUCUUGGCUGGACUUUGCCGCAAAGGUAGUAACACUCAGCCUAGCGGUCCAUCAGACACAAGCGCAUCAUCCCGGGGUCAGAAACAAUUGCAGCUUCACGAAGCAGCGGGCAGUGACGCUGGACCCAGUCGGCCAAUGAAUGUUGAUUAA